AUGCGUCAUCAACAACAAGACGUCGUGGCGGACAACAUCAUUGCUGAAAACCUCCCCUUUUCAUUCCCUGACGACGUCAAUGGAGGAGUUACCAUCAAGCCAGCCCCCUGCGUAGCUGUGAAGUCCCUUGUCGCUAAAGUAAGACAGCAACUAGAUGCCUACCAGAAGAACAACGAGCUAACUUGGCACGAGGGCAAUAUCCCACAGACCGAGGUUUGGGUCAAGAUCGGAGGCAACAAGGGAGGCGGGACGUUCAAACAGAUGUUCCAGAUGGCCAACGUUGGACGUCCCAAUGCCCUUAGAGACACCGUAGUUGCUUGUGCUUUCGCAGCAGGUGAUACCAGCAACAACCUCAAGAUUGGUCUCCUGCGCUUCUGUCAACAAGUUGCUGAGCUGCAGUCCUGCACUUGGAAGAGUCACAACAUCAGACUCUUCAUGUUCGGGGACUAUGAGUAUCUCUGCCGAGUGUAUGGGAUCACCGGGGCUUCAGGGCGACACUGCUGUCUUUAUUGUGACAUCACAAAAGAGGACAUGCGCCAGCCCCGGGAGGAACGGACACCAUCCAGGCAGAGGACUCUACAGACCCUGGACGACGACCUCCGCAGAUUCAACGAUGACGGCAGUAAUCUCUCCAAGGCCAAACUCUUCCACAACGUGAUCAGAGAGCCAAUGUUUAGGAUCCCGCUGACACAGGUUUGCCCCCCCCCCGGACUUCACAUCAGUCUGGGGUUAUACCUCAAGCAUUUUAAUAGCUUUGAAGGGGCAUGUCAUGACCUUGACAUGCAAGUGGCGGCUUUGUUAGCGUUGCAAGAUGAACAUCGCACCGAGGAAGACAAUCCAGCACUUGGCUCCUGCUUCAAGAGUGUCGUCUCCGUGUUGAAGAGGGCCCGGCAACUAGAUCUGCAGGCAGAGGCCUUGGAGGAGGAAUUCCGUCAGAAAGAAGAAGACCUUGCGGACACCAUCAUGUCAUCUGUUGAGGGAAGUGCAGAUCUUCAAGCUUACAUCGCUGAAACGACUGCACUGCGAAAGCUACAACAACAUCUGUUGGCGGAGGCAAAGGCUCUUCGAGAAAAGGCAGCGCUCAAGCCGGGUCAAGGUCCUCCCGCUGGGCAACUUGACAUCGUUCUCCAGGAUUUCCGGGUGCAGCGACAAGCCUACCAUGGGAAGACAAGAACAGUCGCUGCAAAGUAUGCCAAACUCUUCCAGCUGUUUGCCACUUGUCACCGGACGUAUAACACUUCAUCGGUCCUGGAUGGCCCAGCCGUAGAUGCAUUAAGCCAGGACAUUAAGAACUACCUGGCUUACUUUCGAGCCACUUUUCCAUCUGAGAGUGUGCCGCCGAAGAUGCAUCUACUAGAGGACCAUGUCAUCUCCUGGCUGCGGCAGUGGCACUUUGGUCUUGGCUUCUACGGCGAGCAAGGAGGGGAGUCGGUCCACGCCCAUCUCAACACCCUCCGGCGUGAUGUCCGCUGA